AGUAGAAUUCGAUUCCUCUGGAAAUUUUGUCAAAGUGAAUAAUCUCACGAGGUUUUUAGAUUUCUUUUUUCUAAAGCAGUCUUUUAAACAGCUUUGUACGAUAUUUUCGGCUUUGAGAGUGGCCCAGAUCGCAGUCUCAGGUCUUUGGUUGUACCCAGAAGUUGAAUUUCUGUCUCUUGAAUUCGUGGGGCCGGAGUUUUGGGUUUUCAUAGAAAAUGGGGGUUAUGUCGAGGCGGGUUGUACCCGCCUGUGGCAACCUCUGUUUUUUCUGUCCUUCGCUGCGGGCAAGGUCAAGACAGCCGGUGAAACGGUACAAGAAGAUGCUUGCUGACAUAUUGAAGGAAGCUGAACCAAGUGAUAGAAAAAUUGGGAAACUUUGUGAAUAUGCUUCUAAGAACCCAUUACGUGUCCCCAAGAUUACCAAUCAACUAGAGCAGAGAUGUUACAAGGAUUUGCGGAGUGAGAACUUUGGAACUCUGAAAGUUGUGUUGUGCAUUUAUAGGAAAUUGCUAUCGUCAUGUAAAGAGAAUAUGCCACUAUUUGCUAGCAGUUUAUUAGGGAUUGUUCGUACUCUUUUAGAACAAACUCGACAGGAGGAAAUGCAGAUUUCAGGUUGCAAUACUCUAGUUGACUUUAUAAAUAGCCAGAUGGAUAAUACAUACACAUUCAACUUAGAGGGGCUCAUUCCCAAACUUUGUCAAUUGGCUCAAGAAGUUGGAGAUGAUGAAAGAGCUCUACGUUUACGUUCAGCAGGACUGCAAGCUUUGGCUUUUAUGGUAUCGUUCAUGGGUGAGCACUCCCAUAUCUCAAUGGACUUUGAUAAUAUCAUAUCAGUGACCUUGGAGAACUACAUGGAUCUCCAAAAUAGCACCAAUACAAAGGAAGACGGACAAUAUUCUCAAUCUGAGGACCAGUGGGUUCAAGGAGUACUUAAAGCUGAGGAACAUGGCUCAUCUUUCCCUGAUAUCAGUAAGAAGGUUCCUUCGUUGCCGAACCUCAUGGCUAACCCUCAUUUAGACCCUACAAUGGAUACUUCCAAAAAUCCUGCUUACUGGUCAAGGGUUUGCCUGUACAAUAUGGCCAGAUUGGCGAAGGAAGCCUCAACAGUGCGGCGUGUGCUCGAACCCCUUUUUCAUAGUUUUGAUGUUGAUAACCAUUGGUCCCCUGAAAAAGGAGUUGCCUGUUCUGUUUUGAUGUAUUUCCAGUCACUUUUGAAGGAAUCAGGAGAUAACUCCCAUCUCUUAUUAUCUAUCCUGAUCAAGCACUUGGAUCACAAAGAUGUUGUCAAACAACCUCUCGUACAGAUAAACAUUGUCAAUGUCACCACUCAACUUGCAAAAAAAGCAAAGCAGCAGGCCUCGGUUGCAAUCAUUGGUGCAAUAUCUGACCUGAUCAAACAUUUACGGAAGUGCCUUCAAAAUUCAGCUGAAUUGUCCAGCCGUAGAGAUGGUUCAGAUAAAUUGAACACCGAUCUUCAUUUGGCUAUAGAAAAAUGCAUUUCACAGCUGUCAAUUAAGGUUGGAGACGUGGGACCCAUUCUUGAUAUGAUGGCUGUGGUGCUUGAGAAUAUCCCAACAGCUGCUGCUGUGGCUAGAACAACAGUCUCUGCUGUACUUCAGACUGCAAAGAUUAUCUCUUCCAUCCCUAACGUAUCAUAUCACAAGAAGGCUUUUCCUGAAGCUCUGUUUCACCAACUGCUCCUAGCAAUGUCCCACCCAGACCCUGAAACACGAGUUGGGGCACACAAUGUUUUCUCAAUGGUUCUUAUGCCAUCACUUCUUUGUCCUUGGCUAGACCAGAAUAUUAAACCUUCACAAGCAGUUUCUAGGUUUCCCUCUGUUGGUACAUUGCAGAAGGAAAGGAGUGUAAGUUUUUCCAUUCAGGAUGAAGAUACAGACACCAAUGAACCCAAGAAUGUUGACGUGGGGGAGGAAGUGAGUCAAGUAUCAGAUGUAGGUUUGAAACAAUCUGUAAUUGAUCCAUCACAUGAUCAUUCCUACAGCUUCAAGCGUGCUUUUACUGAUGGAAAAACAGAGCUAAUCUGCCUUCGGUUGAGCAGUCACCAAGUCAGUCUUUUGCUUUCAUCGAUAUGGGUUCAGGCAUCAUCUGCAGAGAACACCCCUGCAAAUUUUGUGGCAAUGGGUCACGCAUUUAACAUUGCUUUGCUUUUUGCACGAUCUAAGACCUCCAGUCAUGCUGCUCUAGUAAGAUGUUUUCAGCUGGCAUUCUCCCUUAGAAGCAUCUCUCUGGAUCCAGAAGGAGGUUUACGACCAUCUCGCAGAAGGAGUCUCUUUACCUUGGUGUCAUCAAUGCUUAUAUUUUUGGCCCGGGCAGGCAAUCUUCCAGAGCUAAUUCCCAUUGUUAAAGAAUCUUUGGAAGACAAAACAGUGGAUCCUUACAUGGAGUUGGUCGACAAUAUCCGACUACAGGCUGUCUCUAUACAGUCUGAUAAGGAGAAGAUAUUAUAUGGAUCACAGGAAGAUGAAGUUGCUGCAGCUAGAUCUCUUGCAGCUAUCGAAUUAGAUGAUAAAAAGUUGAAAGAAACCGUUAUGUCUCACUUCAUGUCUAAAUCUGCAAAAUUGUCAGAGGAUGAGUUGUCGAGCAUAAAGAAUGAACUCUCACAUGGAUUUUCGCCUGAUGAUGCGUAUCCCUUAGGGCCCUUAUUGUUUAUGGAGACCCCACGGCCUUGUUCUCCUCUUGCCCAUAUGGAGUAUCGUGAUAUCCAUGAGGUCAUUGGAGCCUUGACAGAUGAGGAAGCCUUUCCUGAAACAAGUGGAAGUCAGUCGGGUCGCAGGACAUCUCUCUCCAUUAAUAGCAUCGACAUUAUAAAUGUUAAUCAGCUUUUGGAAUCAGUUUUGGAGACGGCUCGACAAGUUGCUAGUGUCCCAGUUUCCUCAACACCCAUACCUUAUGACCAAAUGAAGAGCCAGUGUGAAGCUCUUGUAACGGGGAAACAGCAGAAGAUGUCAGUGCUUCAUAGUUUCAAACAUCAAAAAGAGUCCAAUGCAAUAGUUCUGUCUGGUGAAAAUGAAAAGAAAUGCCAUGUUUUACCAAUCAGGACUUUGGAGUCAUCAGAGCCAGUUCGAGGAUAUGAUCAGCUUGUCCUCUGUUCACUCGAGUAUCAGCAAAAUUCUUUCAGAUUACCGCCUUCAAGCCCCUAUGACAAAUUCUUGAAAGCGGCCGGAUGCUAAUAGAAUAUAGCAAUGAGAACAUAUACAGGAAAUUGGUUCAAUUUGUUUGUUUUUCUCUUUUCUCGUUCUCAAGCAUUUGGGCAGUUUUUGUAUUAUUUAGAAUUAAUUAUAAAACUUUUUCCAGUUUGUUUAGAUUUAAUCUUACCAUUCUUGCAAAAUUGAUGAAAUGAGUGUUGGAGAAAAUUGGUGAUCUUUGGCUGAAACGUACUUGGAUAUUUUGCAAGGAUUGUUAAUGUUGAUAUCCAUGCUCUGCUUAUAUGUAACCUUUUCAAAUUAUUCCAUGUAAAUUAUAUGUAACCUUUUCAAAUUAUUAUUUCAAAGAUAUUCCUUCUUUUUUA